AUGGACGUGGUCGUGGACGUGGACGUGGACAUGGAUAUGGACAUGGACAUGGACGUGGACAUGGACAUGGACGUGGACAUGGACGUUGACGUGGACAUGGACGUGGACAUGGACGUGGACGUGAAAAAGGACGUGAACGUGGACGUGGACAUGGACGUAGACGUGGACGUGGACGUGGACGUGGACGUGGACGUGGUCGUGGACGUGGACGUGGACGUAGACGUGGACAUGGACGUGGACGUGGACGUGGACGUGGAAUUGGACGAGGACGUGGACGUGGACGAGGACAUGGUCAGGAACAUGGACGUGGACGUGGACAUGGACGUGGACGUGGACGUGGACGUGGACGUGGACGUUGACGUGGACGUGGACCUGGUCGUGGACGCGGACAUGGAUGUGGACGUGGACCUGGACGUGGACGUGGACAUGGACGUGGACGUGGACGUGGACGUGGUUGUGGACGCGGACGUGGACGUGGACGUGGACAUGGACGUAGACAUGGUCGUGGACGUGGACAUGGACAUGGACGUGGACGUGGACGUGGACGUAGACGUGGACGUGUACGUGGACGUGGACGUGGACGUGGACGUGGACAAGGACGUGGACGUGGACGACGUGGACGUGGACGUGGAUGUGGACGUAGACGUGGACGUGGACGUGGACGUGGGAGUGGACGACGUGGACGUGGACGUGGACGUGGACGUGGACGUGGACGUGGACGUGGACAUGGACGUGGACGUGGACGUGGACAUGGACGUGGACGUGGACGUGGACAUGGACGUGAACGUAGACGUGGACGUGGACGUGGACGUGGACGUGGACGUGGACGUGGAGAACUUGGACGUCGACAUGGACGUGAACAUGGAUGUGGACGUGGACGUGGACGUGGACGUGGAGAACUUGGACGUGGACAUGGACAUGGACGUGGACGUGGACGUGGACGUGGACGUGGACGUAGACGUGGACGUGGACGUGGACAUGGACGUGGACGUGGACGUGGACAUGGACGUGGACGUGGACAUGGACGUGGACGUGGACGUGGACGUGGAGAUGGACGUGGACGUGGACGUGGACAUGGACAUGGACGUGGACGUAGACGUGGACGUGGACGUGGACAUGGACGUGGACGUGGACGUGGACGUGGACGUGGAGGACGUGGACGUGGACGUGGACGUGGACAUGGAAGUGGACGUGGACGUGGACGUGGACGUGGACAUGGACGUGGACGUGGACAUAGACAUGGACGUGGACGUGGACGUGGACGUGGACAUGGACGUGGACGUGGAUAUGGUCGUGGACGUGGACGUGGACGUGGACGUGGACGUGGACGUGGACAUGGACGUGGACGUGAACAAGACGUGGACGUGA